AUGGGUUCUGCAAGCAGCAGCAAUGCCACUUCACAAUCCAAAGACCCCAACAUUGCCAAGGCGCACGAGAAUGUUCACUUACUGUUGUACAGGGCAAAAGCUGCUGCAAGGAGAGGAAGGCUUGAAGAAGCAGCAAAACUGCAGGAACAAGCAAAAGAAAUCAUUCAGCAUUUGCUGAUGGCAGGGGGAAGAGUUGGUAAAGAUAAAGGAGAUUUCCUAGAAGCAAUCAAACUGGAUGAACAAGCCAAAGAAGCAAUCGUUGAUCAUCUGAAAUUGGCAUUGGAAGCAGCGGCAGAGAGAGGAGACCAGGGAGAAGCCAAGAAACUGGAGGAACAAAUAAAAGCUGCAAAUAUUGAGCUUCUACUGUCGAGAGCAAAUGCAGCUGCAAUGAGAGGAGAUCUGGAAGAAGCAACCAACUGGGGGCAAAAAGUAAAACAAGAACUCAGCAAGGCCUGUCCGCAUUCCAAAAGGCUUUUGGAUUCUGCAACCGGUGAGGAUUUUUAUCUGAUCAUGGCACGGGCAAUGGCUGCUGAAAUGAAAGGAGACCACCGGGAAGCAACGAAACUUGUGGAAGAGGCAGAACAGGCUAAUGUUCCUCUGCUGAUGACAAGGGCAGCAGCUGCAGCAAGAAGAGGAGACGAGAAAGAAGCAAUGAAUCUGGAUCAACAGGCAAAAGCUAUAAUUGCUAAAAGAAACCAAGCGAAGCAAUACGCAACAGACGUGUGGCUCAAAGGCAACAGAUUGUUUGUUGGAAGAAGCAGCGCUUCUUUGAAGAAGAGUAAGGAGGAAAUCGAAAAGGAAGAAGAAGAACGAAAAAAGGAAUUGGAAGAGUGUAAUCGUAAACUUGAGGAAAAGCGUGCUGCCGAAAAGGUUGCGUGGGAAGCCAAGCCACUUGAAGAACGCAAAGCAAUUAUGCAAGAAAAGUGGGCCAAAAGCAAGGCCUAUCAUCAAAAACAGAUUGCCCAGCAUGACGCCAAUCCAGCCAAAGUCGAACGUUCCCGCAUGGUUUGGCAGGCAGUGGGAGCAGCGGACCUCGAACCCGCUCUCCAAAAUGGAGCGGUUGUGCUAUUGGAUGUCCACUGGCUCAUAGAAUAUGCCAAGUACUCCGAUGGUCCAAUGUUUCCCAUUUUGCCUCCUCGGCAAGAGCUAGAGAAGCUCCAUCCCGAGGCAUUUAUAUCAUUGGACAAGAUUCGCGAUUCCACCUCCACUGACUCUCUCAAUGGUAACCGGCAAGAUGCCCACAUUCAUAUUUAUGCCUUGAGCUACUCGUGGUUGCAUUCAGAUCAUCCAGACCCCAAAGGCGUUACCCUGCGAGCCGUGGCCAAUGCUUGUGAAAAUCGAUUCAAUAUUGUCAAUCACUUUCCGCCUCGAUGGGGACUGUUCUGGGACUAUGCCUGUUUGUAUCAGCACCCACAGCAAUCGGAGGGUGUCUAUCGCACGCCCGAAGAAGACCGCCUCUUUCAACAAGGACUGUAUGCCUUGCCGUUGCUGUAUUCCCAUCCGCAAACAAGCUGCCUGCGCCUCACCACCAGACCAACAGACUACCCAGAAGAUUACAAUCUACCUCAGGGAGCCAAUGUGGCCGAAUACAUGGAUCGCGGUUGGCCGUUUGUGGAAAGCUGUUGGAUGAGUGUGGCCAAGUCAAGCGGCAAAGUGCUGAAUCUUUUCCACGAUGAGCAUCAGCGUAAAGAAGCGACGAACGGUAAAAGUUUCAUGUUCAUGCCACCUCCAUUGACACCGGAAAAGAUGAAGGAUCGACUGCUGCAAAAGUCCUUCACCAAUGCCAAAAGUGACUAUCCUAGGGUCUCCGAUUUGUACAGUAGGAGCUUUGGUUUUAUUCUUGGCAGAUUGCGCAAACUUGAUUAUGCCGGAUUCAAGUGGGAUGCCCAAAUGGUGACUGAAGUCGCAGAUAUUAUUGGUAAAGGUUUCACUCCUCAAAUGGAGAUUCUCAACUUGAAUGGCAAUCAACUGGGAACAGAAGGGUGUAGCGCAUUGGCAGACGCCUUUUGCGGUCCCUUCACGCCGCAAGUGCUGAGACACGUAACUCUGAGUGGAGUCAAAUUGAACCUCGAGGCGUGCCAGGCAUUAUCCAGAGGAUUGGCAGCACUCUUUGCUCUGCGAAUUUUGGAGCUGCCUGAAACAGAUUUGGGCGAUGAGGGUGUACAAGCUAUGGCCCCCGUGCUUGUUCGGAUGCGCUUCUUGGACCUAUCCAAAUGCAAUCUCGGGGUGCCGGCAUGUCGAGCAUUGGCAGACGCUGCUGCACAAGAUUCGGUCCAAUGGACACAUUUGAGAUUGGAAAACAACAAGGCGAUUGGCAAUGAAGGCUUCUCCAUUCUGAGCCCAGCACUCCAAAAGGCGAACUUGACUUGCCUCAGCACCUUUUCUACGUCUUUGGACUUGGAUGGGUUGGACAAACUUGUGACAACCCUGAUUGAUCGUCACGACCAAACACCACCUAGACUGACGAGGGUAAAACUGGCGUGGAGCGAGUUUGAGAUCACCGACAAAUUGCACAACAUACUGUUGAAGCUUGUGAAAGCCAGCCCCAAUCUGUGCACUCUGGAACUGGGAAUGCCAAACCGCCUGGAGGGAUUUGCGGAGUUCAGGGAUGCGCUUCAGCAAAAUGCCCAAAACAAGGGUUUUCGACUGCUCAACUAA